AUUAUAGAUUGAGAAAUAAUGUUGGUGAUAAUCGCAGUGAUUGGUUUGCUAGUUUCGCUGCUGCGUCUGCUGUUGCAACUGUUGUGGCAGGAGCGAAAACAACGUGAGCAGUUGUCGAAUUUGGCGCCCAACGUGUCCCAGUUGCCGCUAAUUGGCGCCAUCUGGCAGAUGCGUGACUUUCAGCCGGACAAUUUGCACGAGAAGUUUGCGGCAUAUGUGCGGCGUUAUGGACGCAGCUUUGUGGCCACCACAUGUGGACGCAUCGUGCUGGUCACCUCGGAUCCGGGCCAUGUGGACGCGCUGCUGAUGAGCAAACAUCAGCUGCGCAAGGGCGUGCUGUAUGGCGCCCUCACCAGUUGGCUGGGCAACGGACUCCUGCUCAGCCGUGGCGAGAGCUGGCAUGCGAUGCGGAAAAUAAUUACGCCCACUUUCCACUUUAGCAUAUUGGAACAAUACAUCGAAAUCUUUGACAGACAGUCCAAUAUACUAGUGACCAAAUUGAAGCCAUUCGCUGCAGCUGCAGCUGCAGCAGAUCCACGGGAAGCGAUCAAUAUAUAUCCGCAUGUGUGCCUGGCUGCGCUGGACAUCAUCAGCGAGGCGGCGAUGGGCGUCUGCGUGAAUGCCCAGCUCAAUGUGGAUGCGCCCGUGGUGCAAGCUGUCAAAGACGUGACGAAUAUUUUGGCGACGCGUUUUAUGCGUCCGCAUUUGUUGCCGCCGCUGCUUUUCCGAUUGCUUUGGCCCGCUGGCUAUCGCAAGCAGAUCGCUGGUCUCCAGUGUCUUCAUCACUUUACCAACGCCAUCAUCGAGCGGCGUCGCCAACUCUUGGAGCAGCAACAACAGCUAAAGCAGGAGGCGCAGCAGUUGGGCAAAAGAUUUGCCUUAUUGGAUACAUUGUUACAGGCCCGCUUGGCUGGGGCAUCUUUAACGGAUGACCAGAUACGGGACGAGGUGAGCACGUUCAUCUUUGCCGGUCACGAUACGACCACAUCGGCUGUCUCCUUUUGCCUGUAUCUGUUGUCGCGACACGCAACCAUCCAGCAGCGUCUGUUCGAGGAACUUGCAGGAUAUUAUGGCAAGGAUUUGGAGCAACCGGUUUGCUACGGCGACUUUGCAGCACUGCCCUAUUUGCAUUGUGUCGUGAAGGAGUCGCUGCGUCUCUAUCCUCCCAUACCGGCAGUGAGUCGUUGCCUGGACAAGGAUCUGCUGUUAGGCGAGUCGCGGCUGCCGUCGGGCAGCAAUGUGAUUGUGCUGCUCUGGCAGCUGUUGCGCGAUGAGCAGCUCUACGCGGAUCCCCUACGCUUCUGGCCGGAAAGGCAUUUGGAUGCCGCCGGCAGAGAUUACAAUAUACCGUUCAGUGCUGGGCCACGGAAUUGCAUUGGGCAGCGUUUCGCACUGCUCGAGCUGAAGACGAUCGUCAUCCGGAUGCUGCGACAUUUUGAGCUGUUGCCGCUCGGUCUCGAUGUGAAGCCGUCCAUUAAAAUUGUGUUGCGUUCGGCGACUGGCGUCAACUUGGGCCUGAAACUGCGAUCCAAAAACUAAACACACAUCGCACUGUUAUCGAUUAAUGGCAUCGAUCAUUUUGUGUUAACACAUUGCACACUCCUGUUGCGCUAUCGAUAUAAAUAUGCAUGAUCGUCUUCAUAUCGGUAAGAAUUGAGCUGGUACGUUAGUGACAUCUAGUGUGGAAGAAUGUCAAAUAGGCAGCGCCACCUAUCGGUCAACAUGGAAAGAGAGUUGUAGGAGUAAGAGCGAGGAUGAACGAAAACAAGAACAAAAAAAGAGAAAAGAGAUAAAGGAAAAGGAAAAGGAGAAGGAGAAAGGCACCGCUACUCGCUCAUAACCUAUGUGAUAUCAGUGAUGCGCAACAGUGAUGCUCAUGCUGUGAAGGACAUUUUAGCUUACCGAAAAUAUUACCCAUUUAUAAUUAGAUAGUUUAGAUAAUUGAUAAUAAAUCAAAUAAAAUAUG